GUAUGUUCUGGUUUGAUCAUGUUUAAGCUUGACUUGAUAUAGUUGUCGAAUUUAUGUUUAUGUGUAUUUUAUAGUAGCCGACUGCAGGUGCCGGAGCUCAGUAUACUGUUGUCGGUUGCAUUCUCCUUGGUAGAUCUGCAGACAGAAUUUAAAAGUCGUAGAGCGAUUAGUUUACUUCCUUUUCUGGUAAACAUCAUGGACAAAUAUGGAAAACUUCGAUGCGUCGGAGUGUGGAUCAUCGAUUAACUCUCUCUACAUCCAAUACUCUCCUGGCAACAUACGUCUCAUGAAAUGCAUUAUCUUGAUUGAUUUGAUUCUACAUAAAAGAAAAGCUUACAGGCACUUGUUCGACAAUAUGUUUACUCGAGAGAAACUUAAUUUUGAGGGAUUAUUAUGGAAAUCACUAUUGGUAUUCCUUCUCUUGGAUUCUUAAUGAUGAUCCUAUGCACUAGUCCUAAGGAGAGGAUCUGGCCUACAACCUUUGCUUCACUAGCCUCCAUCUAUGGAAAGGUUCUGUUUGGAGUCAUCUUUGGGAACCUGGUUUUUCUUGGAACAUUACUAUUUGGCGCAAUGAGGUUUCUGGAAUCAACUGUUAGAAAUUCUGGGUAUAGGUCUGUACUGCUUGCAAUCCUCGUCUCGAGUUACUUAAAGAUCUUCCUUGUGGCCAUGAUGGUAAGUGCAGACAACGUUGAUUUAUAUUCCAGCUUACCUUCAAAAGACACUUGUGUGAAAAGGUAAUUGUCACUCAUGGACCAGAAAAUAAUACACAUCAAGUGCAAAAGAUAGAUAACAGUGGAGAAUUUUGCUUUGAGGACCUACAUGGGAUUGUAUUUAAAAAGGUGCAAGAAAAUAUAGUUGUGUCUGUCAUAUGCACAUGGAGAUGUGGAGAGCUCAGAAUUACAGAUUCUAUCAUGGAGAAAGCAGUGGGAAAGGAUAUGAAACAAUACAUUGAAGCCAGGAAAAAAGGAAAUUUGAAGCAAGGCUUGAAAAUGGCCAUGUCUCUUUCUGGUGAGGGAAAGGCUUACCUGCAAGAAAACCAUUUUUGGAAAUUUUACAUGAUAGAUAGGAUUUCCUGUUCCAUAGUUAGGAGAACGGCUGCUGGUAUAGUGUAUCUCCUUGCUUGCUUGCUAAAGCCUUUUAUGCCUUCCUUCUCAUAUGAGAUAGGCAAAGAAUGGAAAGAGGAAGAAGUUGAAAGGUACAGAGAGAUGUUUGCAUCUAGUACAGAAACAUGUGUUGUUAUUGAGUUCUUGAAAGUUACUGAAGCGAAUGAAACUUCAUUAGAUUUCUCUUCUGCUGCUGAAAUGUCUGUGAUAUCAAAAGAUUUGGUACUGAAAUUCCUAGUUCAGCAAUCAGUCAAGUACUGGGAGGGGAGAGGCGCAAGGAUGAAGUGGAAGCGGGAGAUCAUGGCUGUUUCCUAUCAUCCACCUUGAGGGCAAGGUGGAUUUUCAGGGGGGGAGUAUUGAUAGGAACACGGACAAUAAUACUAAUAAGAAUAAUAGAAUAGUAGUAAAGAGUGUAAUAGUGUAUAAAUGAAGGUUCUGGGCCAUGUAGUAAAUCAGGAAUAAUGGACCAGCCCUUAAAGAAAUAGAAAUACUAUAAGAGUAGGGAAGGGGGGAAGAAGAGAAUAGGCUGUUAGUUGGUUGGACUGGAAAGAUUAGAGAUACUUUGUCUCUUCUCUUUGGGACUGAGAAUUCGUUGUACUGGCUUUUCACCAUUAAUGAAGCUUGAGAUUGUUUCUUGAAUCCUAUUUCAUCAUUUCUGUAAAUUUUACACACCUGUUAGAAUUCUAUCAAAAUCUCACCCGGAAGACCCUCAAAGAACAAGUUUGGACGAGGCUUGCCAUCAGAACUACCCGAGUUCUUACAGACAAAGACACGAUUCAUUGCUUAUGGAUCUGCUUGGCUGCACAAUUGUUGAAGUUAUUCAUGGAGCACAGCCUCAUAGGAUUUCCAACUCUCUCCCAGUUCUUUUAAUCUCCCAUGAAGUUAUUUUGGCUUGCGAACUUCAAUUCACGCCAAUACAUGGAAUCGGCUUUAGAGGCACUAUGUCAACUGGGGGGGGGGGGGGGGGGAGCUACCCCUUCCCUAGCUCUUUUGUGAAGGACGGGUAAUAUGCAUUUGUGGUUACAUAACUAUAUAGGGGUUGCAAAACUAGCCAUGUUAGAUUUGUUUUGGCACUUUAGAGCCGUUUAUUUCAAAACUAUCAAGAAUAAUACUCCGUAUAAUAUAGUCCCAAAGUCAUUAAAAAUUGCCCAGUUUACCAAUGAAGUAUUGUUCAAGUUUUGCAUCCAAAUGAAUGCGGUGAAGUAGCAAUUUUAUAAAAUUUAAAAUGCAAAUUACAU